GGGCUGGCACCCGAGCGCCGCGGAGUCGGUGCAAUAAAAUGCAUCCCGGGGCGCUGCCCAAGGGGAAGGAGCGGACCGCGGCGCUGCGGCCGGAGGAGGAGGCGGCGCGCGCGGAGGAGGAGGAGGACGCCCCGGAGGCGGCGGCGGCCGUUCAGUGAAAGGUCUCACCCAGGCCGGCGGCGGCGGCGGAGGGCGCAGGAGCCCCAGGGCCGCUCGGCGGGGAGCGCGGCAGACCGGCUAUGGUCCCUGGGCUCCCGCCGCCCCCGAGGUGCCCCAGCUCCGCCAGGAGGGCGCGCGAUCGUCACCCCUCAGCCCUGCGCGGCCCCGGCGCCCAGUGACCGCUGAUUGGAGCCCGGCCGGCCAGGCGCCUCCGACCAUGGGGGGCUGCGCACGGAUCCUGCUGCUCUGGGGCUGCUCGGCGGUGGCUGCAGGACUGAGCGGAGUAGCUGGAGCGAGUUCACGCUGUGAAAAAGCCUGCAACCCUCGCAUGGGAAAUUUGGCCCUAGGGAGAAAACUCUCGGCAGACAGCACCUGCGGUCAGAACGGCACUGAACUCUACUGCUUCUACAGCGAGAAUGCCGACCGCACUUGCCGGCAGCCCAAGUGCGACAAGUGCAAUGCUGCCCACCCUCACCUGGCUCACCUGCCAUCUGCCAUGGCAGACUCAUCCUUCAGGUUUCCCCGCACAUGGUGGCAGUCUGCAGAGGAUGUGCACAGAGAAAAGAUCCAGCUAGACCUGGAAGCUGAAUUCUACUUCACUCACCUAAUUAUGGUGUUCAAGUCUCCCAGGCCAGCAGCCAUGGUGCUGGACCGGUCCCAGGACUUUGGAAAGACCUGGAAGCCUUACAAGUACUUCGCAACUAACUGCUCAGCUGCCUUUGGCCUAGAAGAUGAUGUGGUCAAGAAGGGAGCUCCCUGCACCUCGAGAUACUCCAGCCCUUUCCCAUGCUCUGGAGGCGAGGUUAUUUUCCGAGCUUUGUCACCACCAUAUGAUGCAGAAAACCCUUACAGUGCCAAAUUGCAGGAGCAGCUGAAGAUCACCAACCUCCGCGUGCAGCUGCUAAAACGACAGUCUUGUCCCUGCCACAGAAAUGACCUGAACACGAAGCCUCAACAUUUGACACACUAUGCAGUCUACGACUUCAUUGUCAAGGGCAGCUGCUACUGCAAUGGCCACGCUGAUCAGUGUGUACCUGUUGAUGGCUUCAGGCCUAUCAAGGCCCCAGGAGGAUUCCAUGUGGUCCACGGGAAGUGCACGUGCCAGCACAACACCGCGGGCAGCCACUGCGAGCGCUGCGCACCGCUGUACAACGACCGGCCCUGGGAGGCGGCCGACGGCAGAACCGGGAUGCCGAAGGAGUGCCGGACCUGCAAGUGCAAUGGGCACGCGGACACCUGCCACUUCGACAUUAACAUGUGGAUAGCAUCAGGGAAUCGCAGCGGCGGUGUCUGCAACAACUGUCAGCACAACACAGAGGGUCAGCACUGCCAGCGUUGCAAGCCAGGCUUCUACCGUGACCUCCGCAGACCCUUCUCUGCUCCAGACGCUUGCAAAGCCUGUUCCUGUCAUCCCAUCGGAUCAGCUGUCCUUCCUUUCAGCUCCAUGAUCUUCUGUGAUCCCAGCAAUGGUGACUGCCCCUGCAAGCCUGGGGUGGCAGGGCCACACUGUGACAGGUGUAUGGUGGGCUACUGGGGCUUUGGAGAGUACGGCUGCAGGCCUUGCGACUGCGCAGGAAGCUGCGACCCUCUCACGGGAGACUGCAUCAGCAGCAAUGCAGACCUAGACUGGCAUUAUGAAAUUCUGGACUUCCACCCUGUGCUCAACAAGAGUGACUCCGCGUGGGCCUGGGAGGACGAGCAAGGGUUUUCUGCACUUCGACACUCAGGUAAAUGUGAAUGCAAGGAACAGGUAUUGGAGAACUCCAAGGCGUUCUGCAGAAUGAAAUACACAUACGUGCUAAAAAUAAAGAUUUUAUCGGCUCAUGAUAAAGGGUCUCAUGCUGAAGUCAUUGUGAAGAUUAAAAAAGUCUUAAAAUCUACCAAAUUAAAGAUUUUACGUGGAAAGAGAACAUUAUAUCCGGAAUCAUGGACAAACAGAGGCUGCACUUGUCCGAUCCUGAAUCCUGGUUUGGAGUAUCUUGUAGCAGGACACGAGGAUGUAAGAACAGGCAAAUUAAUUGUGAAUAUGAAAAGCUUUGUCCAACACUGGAAGCCAUCGCUCGGAAGAAAAGUCAUGGAUAUCUUAAAAAGAGAGUGCAAAUAGCAGCCACGGGGUAUAGCACAUAGUGGCACUUCUCCGUGUGUACACCACCAGCUCAUUGAAAAAGAAACCUCAGAAACAAAACUGGAAGUUCUCUUUAAAGUGCCAAAAUGUAAAGAUAUGUUGUAGUCUAUGGGCCUUGCCUAACCAAUCUGCUCUGGAUCCAUGUUGAAAUUCAGUUUUGCUUUCUAAAGAGAAAUGGGAACCCCUACGCUGAUAUGUGUUCUAUGAAACUAAUUCUGAAAGUCAUCAUUUUGAGGGAGAUUUUAAUAGCCGCGUGAUAUUUAGCCGCAACCCAUUACGGGCAGCACCGCUAACAAGGGCUCCUCUCAGCCUCGGCUCUGUUACUCACCUUUGAUGCUACUUAAAGUAAUAAAUGAGAUUGUAAGGAAUCCCCAACCCUAUCAUCAGGAAAGGUAUUUCUUUAAAAGAGCCUUCCCUUGGGUGUUGCGUAUGAGCUGUGGUCUGUGGGAUGUGACAUGGAACGUCUCCACGUCUGUAUAGUAUUUCCUUGUAUAAAGCACUUUACUGCCUACCACUUGCAUUGUAAAAAUUUGGAGACUGCUACUGACAGGAACAAAAGAAAAGGGUGUGUAAGGAAACCUACUGAAACAGAGCACUGCCACUAUCCACAGGCAAAACUGACCGCAUAAAGGAAGCUGUUCCACUUAACUCUGAACCCUUGGAGGACAAGACCCAAAACCUAAUAGGAGGUUUAUUUGCAUGAAGUCUCAGUUUUGGGCAAGAGGUUAGAUUCCACAGUACUGGUCCCCCUGAACCUUUUUAAAAACUAAACAAAAAGAGACUUUAAAAUAAGGAAAAGAAAUCAUACGUGUAGAAAGAAAUAUGUUUGCAUAAAGAAAGGCAGACUUGAAAUUUUUUAAAAGUUCAUUUACUUGCAGCACACUUGUAUACACUUCAGAAAUUAUUGUAGACACAGAAUGUGUUAUAUUUUUGUGUUUAGUAUUUAAACCUAAA